AGUUAACGUGAAACAUGGCACCUUCAAAACAAAACGCAAAAAGUAAAGGUCCGAUUGAAGGAAAACACUUCAAUAAAUUCGCACACGGUGGUUUAUCACACAAUACCAAAAGGAAAAGAAAAUGGGUUCCGGAGAACAAAGGUUUUGAUGGUAGUUUAAAAGAGGGUCAGGGGUUUGCCUUCAAAAGGAAGGAGAAAAUAAAACAUGAAUAUAACAAACUUCUCAGAAAGGAAAGAAAGAAAAUGCAACCACCAAGAAUCCAGUUAGAGGACAAAUAUCCCGAGCAUCUGAGGCAUCUCUACCUGGCCGAAAGAGAACGACUGGACGAAGAGGAAGAAGAGAAAAGGAAGAAAAGAUGUAAAGGGCGAGCAGUAGAUGAAGAGAAAGACGAAGACGAUGAACUAAAAACUGGGUUGGAUUCACCUUUCAAUGAGAAACACAUCUCAAACACAACGACUGAUCAAACUACCGUCCCUGAUUCGGCGAAUGAACCAGCAGAGCCAGACAGCUCCAGUAAGACUCCAUUCAUCCAAAAAAACAAAAAGACAUCGUAUCAGAAGACAAAGCUAGAAUAUGAAAGGAUACAGGAAGAACGCGCACGAAAAAGAGAGGAAUUCUUGAAAGACAAAGCUCAACGAGAGGAGGCUCUGAAGAAAUAUAAGGAGAAGAAAAUGGCAACAUAUCAGUUGUUACAAAAAAAAACAAAGAAGGGUCAGCCCAAUCUCAAUCUGCAUAUGGAUCUAUUGCUGGAAAAGAUUCAAGCUCAGCGCAAAUAAUUCAGUGUGAUCCAAAACAAUCAGACUGUAAAGUUAAAAUUAACCAUCUCACAAUAAACUGGAUUUUGGGUGAGGUUUUUUUACUUCAAGGAUGUGUAUAUCUUUGCAUAUCUUUGUUUUUCCCAGUAAUAUUUCUUGUAAAUAAAAUAUUAAAUUAUGGUGGUCUUAAGUUAGUUAAAGCUGACAAUACAAAACGAAUGCUAUGACGGUAAACUUAUAAAUAAACAUGAAGCUUGCUAAUGUC